GGAAGUUGCUGUUCUAAACAACUGACACUGAGGGCCAGCAGCAAGACUAUAAGAACAGGAGGUGCCGGGGCUGGGCAGACGGCAGAACCAGCCGGGCGCAGAGGAGAUGGCUCGCUGCCCAAGCGCCACCUGGAACUGGAGGUCUCGGGGCGUGGUCUUCAUAGCCGCCCAGCUCCUUCGCCUCGGUGCCCUGCUCUCAGAACUAAUGAACCAGACAGAGGUGGCAGCGUGGACCUAUCAUAUCAGCAGCAAAGCCUACUCGUGGAAUGCCUCCCGGACAUUCUGCCAGAAGUACUACACCGAUCUCGUGGCCAUCCAGAAUAAAGAUGAAAUUGCUUACCUCAAUGACGUCAUUCCUUACUACAGCCAUUACUACUGGAUUGGGAUCCGGAAGAUCAAUAAUAAAUGGACCUGGGUGGGAACCAAUAAGACGCUCACCGAGGAGGCUGAGAACUGGGCCGACCACGAGCCCAACAACAAGAAGAACAACCAGGACUGCGUGGAGAUUUACAUCAAGAGCCCGUCGGCCCCCGGCAGGUGGAACGACGAGCCGUGCUGGAGGAAGAAGCGGCCGCUGUGCUACACAGCCUCCUGCCAGGACACGUCCUGCAGCCAGCAAGGGGAGUGCGUGGAGACCAUUGGGAACUACACCUGCUCCUGCCACCCGGGGUUCUACGGACCAGAAUGUGAAUACGUGAGGGAGUGCGGGGGCCUGGAGCCCCCUCCGCGUGUGCUCAUGGACUGCAGCCACCCGCUGGGCAGCUUCUCUUUCAACUCCCGGUGCAGCUUCCACUGCGCCGAAGGCUACACGCUGGACGGGCCCCGCGAGCUGGAGUGCUUGGCCUCGGGAACCUGGACGAAUAAGCCCCCACAGUGUGUAGCCAUCCUGUGCCCACCCCUGAAGCCUCCGGAGCGAGGACGCAUGAGCUGCCUGCACGGCGCAGAGGGACCGCCGCACCAGGCCAGCUGCAGCUUCGCCUGUGAGGAGGGGUCUGUGCUGGUGGGGCCAGAGCUGGUGCGGUGCACGUCCUCGGGGGCAUGGACGGCCUCGGCCCCUGUGUGCGAAGCCAUCGCGUGCCAGCCCCCGGAGCGCCCCGCCCACGGCAGCGUGGACUGCUCCCCGUCCUCGAGGGCAUGGCCGUACAACGCCACCUGCCGCUUCCGCUGUGCCGAGGGGUUCGAGCUGCAUGGAGCGGACACAGUCCGGUGCACCGACACGGGACAGUGGACAGCGCCGGCCCCGCUCUGUCAAGCUCUGCAGUGCCAGGAUCUUCCGGCUCCAAACCACGCCCGGGUGAAGUGCGUCCACCCCUUUGGCACCUCGAGGUACCAGUCCGCCUGCAGCUUCGCCUGUGCCGAAGGCUUCCUCCUGGUGGGGGCACGCGAGCUCCGGUGCUUGGCCACUGGGACCUGGAGCGCCGAACCCCCCGAGUGCCAAGCCGUCACCUGCACGCCUCUGCGAAGCCCGCAGAACGGAACGAUGGCCUGCGUCGGCCCCCUGGGAGACUCCAGCUAUCAGUCCACAUGCCGGUUCACCUGCAACGAGGGGUUUUCUUUAUCUGGACCCGAAAGGCUGGAUUGCACUCCAUCUGGGCGCUGGACAGGUUCCCCACCAACCUGUGAAGCCACCAGGUGUCCAGAAUUAUUCGCCCCAGAGUGGGGGAGCCUGGACUGUUCGGACACUCGCGGAGAAUUCAACGUCGGCUCCACCUGCCACUUCUCCUGCCGAGGGGGCUUUAAGCUGCAGGGGUCCAGCAGUGUUCAGUGCACAGCGUCUGGGAGAUGGACAGCACCUCCUCCAACCUGCCAAGGUGCAGCGCCGGCGCCCACGGCAGAGGUGCGCUGCCCAGCCCUCGUCGCCCCGGGGCAGGGAGCAAUGUCCUGCCAACACCCCCUGGCAGCCUUUGGAUUGAAUAGCACCUGUCACUUCCGAUGCAAAGCGGGAUUCCAGCUCCGGGGAGAGGCUGCUGUCCGGUGCGGACGGUCGGGACGGUGGACAGCAGCCACCCCGGCUUGCAGAGCUGUGCCGUGCUCCGAGCUGCACACCGAGGAGCCGGUGCUGAUGAACUGCUCCAGCCCUUGGGGCCAUUUCAGCUAUGGCGCCACCUGCACCUUCCACUGUCCGGAGGGCCAGUCGCUCAAUGGCUCGGCGGCAGCAGCAUGCGGACCCGACGGCCAGUGGUCAGCGGCCACGCCCACCUGCCAAGCGGAGCCCCUGACCGUCCAGGAAGCCCUGACGUACGUGGGUGGAGCAGUGGCCUCCACAACAGGCUUGGUGAUGGGCGGCACACUCCUCGCUCUGCUCCGGAGGCGUUGCCGACGGAAAGAUGACGGGAAAGACCCUCUGAACCCUCACAGCCACCUGGGGACAUACGGAGUUUUCACAAAUGCUGCAUUUGACCCGAGCCCUUAAGAGACCUGUUCUCUCCUGGCCACCUCACUCCACCUCAGAGGACGCUAUUGUUGAACAUCGGGCUUCCUGCGAGACUUGACGGACUGGAGCGCCGGCUGCAGUUUUCUGUAAAUGCUUGUGAGGAAAGGACAAGGCGUUUCCUUUAGAUCCGCUCUGGACCAGAGCAGAAGAAACGGACUCUCCACACAUCGCCCUUCCUGCCCCCUCUCCGGGCAGCGUGCUUCUGCCGGCUGUCACUAGAAUACUAAUGAGCCAAAGCUCGGAGCCUCUGAGCCACCAGAAGACCAGACUGCGGAGAAAGAAGAAUGGCUCCUUAGUUCUGGACUGGAGGGAGGCCUCCUGGACUUUCUGGAAGGAGCCGGCGCCUCUGCCUGGAGGGGUUUCUGUAAGGCCUCUGGGUCCCCAGGGCGGUGUUUAUGACCCGCCUAGACCUCUGCUGCAGAGGCAUCCAGAGCGGCCUCCAGGGGCACCAGAGGCUGCAGACGACCAACCGAGAACCGAUCGAGAACCAGGACAGGACGGACAUGUCACUGUAAUGGUCUCUCCAAGGUCACUUUCCCCCAAAGAUCCAUAUUCAAAGGUGUCAUUAAAAGGUUUCCCCCAAAGGC